CCAUUGCCCCGCACUCUCAACCACUCACCUCGCUGUCCCACCUCAAACCCCCCUGAAGACACCCCCUGUAAACCCGCCCCCCCAAGCUCGGCUCUCACCUGCCGCAAGCCCAAGUUGAAACAGAAACGUAGCUUCAACUGAUCGAGGUGGCAGCAACAACAGUCCGAGUUCUGGACUUCUCAUUUAUUUUCUCUUUUUUCCCCUUCCACCGCAUUCUUGUCUUCAAUUGAUUCAUUCCCCCCAUUCUCUCUCCCUCACAGAAACACACCUCACAGAAGCAAGACACAAUGUUCAGCCUCAAGCGGGUCGUCCUGACCGCCACCGCCCUCCUGGGUGUGUCGAUGGUUGCUUUCUCCCAGGUUGCUGAGGCUGCCAAGGGCCCCAAGAUCACCCACAAGGUCUACUUCGACAUCACCCACGGUGAUGAGCCCCUCGGCCGCAUCGUCAUGGGUCUCUACGGCAAGACCGUCCCCAAGACCGCUGAGAACUUCCGCGCUCUUGCCACUGGCGAGAAGGGCUUCGGUUAUGAGGGGUCUACCUUCCACCGUGUUAUCAAGCAGUUUAUGAUCCAGGGUGGUGACUUCACCAAGGGUGAUGGCACUGGCGGCAAGUCCAUCUACGGCGAAAAGUUUGCCGAUGAGAACUUCAAGCUCAAGCACACUAAGAAGGGCAUUCUCUCCAUGGCCAACGCCGGAAAGGACACCAACGGCUCCCAGUUCUUCAUCACCACUGUUGUUACUUCCUGGCUCGAUGGCCGUCACGUCGUCUUCGGCGAGGUCCUCGAGGGCUACGAUAUCGUCGAGAAGAUCGAGAACGUCAAGACCCAGCCUGGUGACAAGCCCGAGAAGACGGUCAAGAUCGCCAAGUCUGGCGAGCUGGAGGUCCCCGAAGAAGGUAUCCACGUGGAACUCUAA